AUGGAGCUGUGUGAGGCUGCAAAGAGAUUUGGAAAUAGAGUUGUGCAGUUAAUUGCCUGUGGAGCUGAAGGAAAGCUGGCCAAAGGGUGCAACAUGGGGUUGCUAAGGAUUAAUCUCUGCCACGUUUGCCAAAAUGAAGAGAAGAACCAUUCCACAGAAGAACUUAAUAAGUCUGAAAUCCAGGAGGAGCUGAAAAAGGCUAAUAGCCUUCCUAGUUUGACUCCUGGAGUCAAAACAGCAGAUAAAGACAAGCAGCCUCGAGAAGGUUUUUUUCAUUUUCUUGGAAGCUUAUUUAAUAUUGCAACAAAAUCUUCUUUGGCGGAAUCUAAACCCUCUACCUUCCAAGAUGAACCCAACAGAUGUGAAAAGGAUUUACAGAACACAAAUACCCUUCCAGAGCAUGUGCAGCCAAAGCAUCCGAAAACUGAAGAGACUCUGUGUUCUACAGCAAGAAUAAAAGAGGAUUCUGUAAAUAAAGAUGAUACCAUCUUAAAUAACAUUAGGAAAGAUAUCUCACAGGAUCUGCAGGGAGGCUGGAAACGAUCUGCGGAUGCACAGAAGCAGAUGCAACGGAAGCCAGCAGCACCUGCAGUCACAUAUGCAACAUAUCGAGGUUCUGCAAGGAUUAGGCAGCUACUGAAGAAUCAAUCGGAGACGGCUGAAAAAGGAGAAGAAAGUACUGAGAACAGAAAUGCUUCAAUGGUCAAAGAAAAUGGAGAAAUCCAAACAACCGUCUCACUGAAAUCAGGACACUUAAUAAAAGAAAAUGGAGAAAAUGAGGAUAAAGAUCACGAAGAUGGAGUCAUAGUAAAUUCUUCUGCAUUUAAAAUGGAAACAAAAAGGUCUGGUAAAGUUCAACAUGGCUUGGGUAGCAGUAAACAUGAAAUAACUGCAAAGGCCUCAAAUUCAUCUACUGAAUCAUCUCACGAGAUAGACUUACAACACAGACCUGCUUUAGCUGCAACAAAAGUUAAAAGGACAUGUUCACUAGAUUCAUUAUUGUCAUCAAAUAGAAGAAACAAUGAGAUCCUAACUCAGUCCACUUCCCAGAUUACCAGUUCCCUUGAAGUGAGUUCUGUAAAUGAUUUGGUUGGAAGAGAAGUUGGACUGCUGGGAGGAGCAGAAGCCCUGUUCCAGGCAAACAAAAAUGCCUCUUCUAACUUUGAUAAUCAUUGUAAUGUAACAGCUAGUAAGGAGUCCACAAACAAAAUGCAGGAUGAUAGUUUACAUUCACCCAAAUCAAAAAAUCAGACAAUUAAUGAGGAACUACGGGCAAGUAAGGGACAAUAUUGCUGUAAUCAUCACAUGGACAGUCACUCAGAGCUAGCAUCGGAUGUCCAGAUACUUCAUUCUAGUACCACUACAUUUCAGCAGCAAGCAGAUCAGCAUACAGGUAGUGUAAAUACAGAUAGUGAUCCAAGAAAAAAUGAUACACAGAAAGUUGUGGCAGCUGUAGAAAGAGAGCAAAAUCCACAGAACUUUCUUGUUACUGCUCUUUUACCUUUUAAUGAACAGAUGCCUGCUUCGCUUAGCAUGGAACCCAGAGGAGAAAAAUGCAUAGCCACAGGUAACAUAACUGCUUCAGUGUCAUCUAUUAAAAAUGAUGAAGAUAUAAUCAUGGGCAAGGGGACUUGUAAUGAAGAACUGAGUGAGUCAGGGAAACCAGUGCAUGUACAAAAUGAUCACCAAUUAAUCCUUGUGGAGAAUUCUAAAGAGACUGCCACACCGAGGACUGGUUUACCUUGUCUAGAAACUGAGGGUGUGGAAACAAUGAAGGUUUCAUCUGAAGUCGCAGUGGAAAACCUUGCCAAUGUAUUAUCAUGCAUACAUGGAUGUGAGAAUGUGAAAUCUAACUUCGAUUGCUUCUCGGAACUUUCCUCUCAUAUUUCAAAGUCACAAGAAAACAUUCUGGAGGUUUCUCAUUCUGCCUUUAGAUACAGAAAAAGUCCUUUGACCAACUAUUCUGCUUUCAUCUGUGAAAAAGAUGUUGAUAUAGACAUCAUUUCUGAACCUCCACCUGUUUCUGAAGAUAGGCAUAUUAAUUUUUCUUCCAAGAAGAAAAACAAUAAUAAGCCUAGGAUAUUACCUACAGUACUUGAUUCUUCAUCUGACAACCAAAAAAAAAUGCCCUCUCCUGCCACUAACUCUGGAACUGGACAGAUUGCUAGAUGGUCUUCUGCUUCUGAAUGGGACAGCUUUAUUUUUCCUGCUGCUGAGUUUAAGAGAAUAAUCCCUGAGGACAGAAUGACCAAGGUGCCAUGUUGCUCAGGGGACUCAAGAGCUUCAUGCCCGGCUGGUUCUCUGGAACCUGAGCUUACUCCAGCUACGCUUGAUUGCUCUGCUGCUGGAGUAGAUGUGAGGAGUGUUUGCAUGCCCAGACCCUCUUCAUCUACUCUGGGGUCCAGAGAAGCCUCCAACCUUUCCAUUUUGGCCUUGGAAAUGUUGGGUAUUGCUCAGGGGAAUGGUUAUUCCUCCAGUCACGGAGCUGGCGAUGGGGCAGAGGAGGCCUCCUCCACACAACAGUCUGAUGACAGUGUCUUGGCAGAGGCAGGGCUGUCACCCAUCUGUCCUUUGAAAUCUUUGGAAAUGGCAUCUGAGUCAGCCUGUACCGAGAGUGUGUGCAGAAACGCUGUGGGACAGGUGAAUCUUGGUAACCAUGCUUCUGCCAUCUCAGAAGCCCCUUCUCUGACAGGUGAUCAAACAGCUGCUGCACCUACAGAGUCAAAUGGGCUCUGUUCUAAGGAAGUACAGGAAGAUACCAACGUGAAGGGACAAGAACACACCAGAUUCCAAGAUGCUGCUAUUUUGUUUAAGAAAGCUGAGGAAAUAGUGGACUCAGUUUUACGCUUGGCUAUAGAAGAAAUAAUAGCAAACCAAGCCAUUGGUGUCUGCCAGCUUUGUGGGAGCAAGGAUGGUUUAAUAAAUACAGAUACUCUAAAUGGCCAGAAAGCUGGAACUGUACAGCUGGAAGCAGAAGAAAUCCAGUCAGCUGUGCAGUCAUUAAAACAUUUUAAUGAGAGCAGCGGAAGAGACUCAUCUUCAUUUACAGGAAAUGAAACAGUGGAUACAAAUAAUCAAGAUAAAAAGAUACUGUCUUAUAUCCCUGAUAAAAUUGACCUACAUAAUGCACUAGCACUAAAAGCAAAGGAAAUAAUUGAUGAAGUCAUUAACUCUGCCAAACAAAAGCUGGCAUCCAGUCAGUGGCAAGGCAGUGAGAGUAAAAGGCCUUCUGAAAAGUUUGAACCUAAACCUAAGGCUGAAACCCCAAAGAUUUUAAACCUGGAUAUAAAGUUACUUGACAAAACACACGGAGCAACAGAGAAGGUGGAAGCUCAGAGUGUAGCUGUAAACUGUCACAAGGCAGAUUGCUCAGGUCCUCCUUUACUUCCAAGUAGUGUGGAAAAUGGCAUAGAUUGGCCCCAAAGAGAUGAAAAGAUACCAAAUAAUGCAUUUAUAUGUCAAACAAAUGGAUUUCUACCUCCUGGUAGUUCAGUAAGGCCAGAAUCAGAUCUUAUGACACCAGCAAAAGAGAGACACAGUCAGGAGGUGUGUGAACAUCUGUCUGCAGCAGAGACGUGUGGCAAAGCUGGAGUAUCAGCAACUAGUAGAAAAUCUGAUAGAUCUUUACGUUUAGUACAUAGAGAUGCUACUGUAACUAGAGAAACACUUCUGUCACUGCAGUUAAAAGAUUCAUGCAGUAAUACAAAUGUGCCAGAGUGCACGUUGCUGCCAGCUGUAGAUGUUAAUUUGUCAUCUUUUUUGCCUGAUGAAGAAUGUAUCAGCAUCCAGAGUGAAUCCAAAGAUAAAAGCAGUCCUCAGGGGUCUAUGGAAAGCAGUGCAGAGGACAGUCUGAACGAACACUGUGGAAGAGAAGCUGCAGAAGAAGUACCUGCACGAGUAAAAGCAACCUUAGAAGAUUCAAAGGCAGUGGAGAGUAAAGAGGAACUUGUAGGAGGUGCAAGCAGGAUAGCAGAGGUUAACACUGAAUUAACCACACAGUUCAUUGUACCUGAAUUGUCUGUUACUGGAGAGGACAACGAAGGGAAAAACUGCUUCAACACACUCUUUGCCCAAAAUAAUGAGGAUCUGAAGCAGGUACAAAUGAAAGAUCAAGAGAGGAAGAGUAAUUAUCAGCUUGAAGAAAAUAGUCUGGGCUGCAGUGAUGACGUGAAGGAACCGACACAUCUUUUGGCAUUUUCUCCACUAAUUGAACAGUGGGAAAACAGUUCUUUUACUAUCAUUUAUGAAGGUGCCCUUCAAACUGAGAACAAAUCUGUCUCAACUGAUGAUAUGCAAACUCAUUCACUUUCUUCUUCUGAUUGGCCUUCAGAUGAUCUAGAUCAUCUAAUGUGUGGAAGAGCAAAGAAUAAACAUGAGCCAGCCUGUCUUUAUGGGAUGGAUAACAAGUUGAAUGAAGCCACAGAGAGCCGAAGCUCAGAGUCGUUUCUGAGUGUGGAGGCCAAGCGCUAUAGAGUAUAUCCUUUCUCUUUGUCUCCAAUAUACGAAGACGACAGCUCCCAAGAAGACUUGCUUUCCACAGACGUGUCACCAGAAGGCCAUCCUAGUGGAAUAUCUAAAGAUAACACUGAUCAUGCCUCUGUGCUUUCCCUUCUCCAGUCUGUUUCUGAGCGCUUACAGUUUACUACUCAGUUCAGUGAAGAGGAGGAGGAGGAGGAGGGAGUGGAGGAUGAGGAGGAAGAAGAAUCAUUUUAUGAAGAAAACUUGCCUGAUGUUGAGAGAGAAGAUGACUGCCUGUCUAGUCAGUGGAGAGGGAAUUUAAAAACAGCCCUUCAAUCAAAUGACCAAAAUAGAACUUUGUGUCCUGAACAAUCACUUUUUCUUUCAGAAGAACAACUUGACUCUCAGGAGCAAACAGAACUGUUUCCAGAUGCAGCUUCUCCCAGUCAAACACCUUGUAAGCCAGUUUCACAGAAAGCUGAUGCUGCUUUAAAGCAUCCUCCUACCAGUGUGUACUACCAGUAUUUGAAAUCUGCCAGCAAUUGCUUUUCUGAGAAGGGGACCAGAUUUGGAAGCCUUCUCCAGGAUAUGAUGCAGCCAAAGAUUCAUUGGUCUCAAGACAACACCAUGCAAAAACUGGGAGAACUGUCAGCGAACCUUGUUGACAGGGCAAGUCUCAAAUACAAUCCAAGACCAGGAAAGAUCAUCAUUUAUGAUAUUUAUGGUGACAAAAGUAAACAAGAAGUUCAUUCUGACGUGCUAGAUGCCACAUCCUGGAUCUUUCCCAUUGGAGCAUUAUUUAGGAUAAUUAGAGGAUGUUGGAUUUUUUAUGAGAAACCAAAGUUCCAGGGACGGAAAUAUGUACUAGAAGAAGGGGAGACUGUGCUGGAUCACCUUUGGGAUCUUCCAGGUGUGAAAUAUCGUCGAAGAAACCUCACAGUUGGUUCAAUCAAACAUGUAACAAAGGACUGUGGUGUUCCAGAGUUAGAAUUCUGUUCUGGAGCCAGCACAGAGGGACUUCCUAUCUCCAUACAGAGUGCAGUUGCCAAUUUAGAAGAACUGGAUGUUGAGAAAAACCCUUAUAUAAGUGUCAAAUCGGGAGUAUGGCUUGCUUAUUCAGACUUUAAUUACAAGGGAGAGAUGAAGGUUUUGGAAGAAUGCAAUUUACCAACUGAAAUUCCUUCAGCAGAUGUGAAAUCUCUGCGUCCCUUAAAAAUGGGUGGUUUAAAGGUACAGAUGCCAGUGAAUGUCAAGAUAAUAAUAUAUGAGAGAACCCACUUUGAAGGACGGUCUAAAGAGUUUUCAGAAAACAUCAGUUCUGUCCCAGCUCUGCUUGGUAGUGAAGAGGAGUUUCAGGAAAUUGGAUCAAUACGUGUAAUUGGUGGAGUAUGGGUUGCCUAUGAUAAGGAACGCUACAAAGGCCAUCAGUACUUGCUGGAGGAGGGAGAUUAUGAAGACAGACACUCAUGGGGGGGAACUGACAGUGUUCUCCUGUCUUUCCGGUUCCUUCAGGCUGAUUUCAUAGAGUCAUCAGUGGCACUUUUUCAAUCUGAUGAUGAAGAUGGUAAAGCAUUCGACAUCAUCAAUGAAGAAAUCCCUGAUUUGGAGCUGGCUGGAUUUGGCCCAGAGACAAGAUCAAUUCUUGUGAGAAGUGGAGUGUGGGUCGCAUAUCAGCAGAAAUAUUUCUGUGGAGAACAAUAUGUAUUGGAGAAAGGAAAAUACAAAUGUUUCUUUGACUGGGGAGGAUCUAGUAAAACCAUCAUGUCAAUUCGACCUAUUAAGUUGGAACCACUUGGAACGAAUGAGCCUCCACAUUGGCUCAAAGCUUUCAGUAAUACACAUUUCCAAGGAGCAUGUAUAGAUUUCACAGCAGAAGUUUCUGAUUUUACAUCAUUCAUACCAUGUUCUUUUAAGGUUCUUCGGGGAUGUUGGCUCCUGUAUUACCAAGGGGAAGUCACCGACAAUCACUGUGUGCUGGAAGAAGGCCUUUACGUUGACCUCAGUUCCUGUGGCUGCCCAACUGCUACAAUCAAAUCCCUCAAGCCUAUUCAAUAU